AUGCAGCCUCAAGACACAGGUGUUCAGUACAGCAGGUGGAACGACAGUAGUCGUGAUGAAGUCAGUGUGAACACAUCCACUGCCGAGGUGUCGGGAAGUAAAAGAAUCUACACUAAGCUGUGCACUGGGAAAAUCGGCAUUGCAGUUAAAGUGAUUGGAGGAAACAUCCUCUUUUGGACGGUUUUUGUCAUUGGCUACGUGACAGGUUACUAUGUGCACAAGUGCAAGUAG